UUAGACUCCGCCCAGCCGAUAUACGACGUCAUCCCCGCGAGGCGCCGUCGUCACACCUGUGGUUAACUUUGGGACUAGACUACGGAGAAGCUCGUCAAAACAUUCAGCCGGAUAAGUUUUGGAAUGAACCGAAUGAAGAGUGGAAACUUUACACCUUUACUGAAACAUGAUCAUCUUUAAUGAAGUUUUGGUUGUAUCGUUCUUGCUCUUCACACCCACAUGGGCGUUUCCGCCGUCUGGUGUCGAGUUGGGAGGCAGCAGGAGACGGCGAGAUGUAACCUGCAGAGACAACGUAGAGCACCCGUCCAACAACAUCUGCUGUAAAAACUGUCCAGCUGGUAAAUAUGUGAAAUCGCCGUGCACCAGAGCGGGGGAGAUGGGGGAGUGUGAGGAAUGCGUCUUUGGGACAUACAUUGAGCACUCCAGCGGACUGGAGCGGUGUUUCAAGUGCACGCUGUGUCGCCCAGAUCAGGAGGUUGUAAGGCCGUGUACUUCCACCCAGGACACUGAAUGUCAGUGCAAAGCGGGGAGAUUCUGUGCCCCCGACCAAGCGUGUGAGGUGUGCAAGACGUGUUCACGAUGUAAAAAAGAUGAAGUGAUAGUGAGGAACUGCACCACUACCACCAACACAGAGUGCAAGAAGAUCCAGUCCCCGUCUGCCUCUACCUCAGUAAAUGCUGCAUUGAUCGGGACGUUCCUAUUGGUUGCUUUUUGUUGCUUAAUUGUGGCAAUAUUUUGGUAUCGGAAGAGACGCAGACCAACAGACUCUCAGAGUAACCGACCUGACGGGCUGAAAGCUGGAGAGCAUUACUCUGAGGAGAGGAGGAACGGACAGACCCGCAGGCUUAGCUUCCCCAAUCUGCUCUCACCCCGGCAACCGGUGAGAUCCAAAUCCUCAGCCUCUAUUGAGGAUGAGCGUAAAGAGUUGUUUGAAAGCCUCAGCAGCUCUGCCAGUAACUCCCAGCAGAGUAUAACCAUCCAGCACUCCUCUGCCUUCCCCGCAUCACCCCCCCGCGCCAGCCCCAUGGUCCCCUGGAAGUCCAACGAGAGGGAUGAUGAGCAGUUUCCUGAGCUGGUUCCUGUGAACGGCGAAGAGUCUCUGCGGAGAUGUUUUGAAUAUUUUGAAGAAUUAGACGUCGACUACCACAAGAGAUUCUUCCGUCACCUCGGGAUUGUCGAUAAUGUGAUCAAAAGCAAAGAGCACCUUUCCUUCGAAGACAGGAUGCAUGAAGUGCUGAAUAUUUGGGUGGAAAAAAUGGGCAGAGAUGCCAGCUUGAAUGACCUGCUGAAAGCUUUGCUUGUUUUCAAUCAAAGGCGAACAGCCGAGAAUAUCAAGCAGAAGGCUAUUGAUUAUGGUCAUUACAGAUGUGAGAAUGAAUUUUGUGAACCAUUUUCAGGAAUUGUGUAGUCACAUGAAUACCACUUAUGUUGUCAGGUACUUGUUUCAGAAUGCUUACGCACCGUCUAAUAAUAGUUGCUGUAAGAACGGACAAAGCUGCCGCUCAUAGUGGCCUUUUAGCAUAAUAGUAAAUCUGUUCUGCUGGAGGAAUAAAACAAGUUUUUGUAAAAGAGGCCACAUGAUCUAUGUUGGUCUCAUGAAUAUCACUUAUGGUGUCAGAAAGCUUACACGCCAUCCAGUACUGCUUGGAGUGUCAUUGAGCAAACCUGCCAGUCAUAGUGAUGCUGUGGCGUGAGUAGUUAAUCUACCGAGCCCAGAAAAAAAAAAAAAAAACCGCUGUAUCACCGCUGUAUCAGUGCAUGUUGCUGCACUGUGCAGCUCUGAUGGGGAGAUGCAGCAUCCUGCUGUGUUAAAUCUGGCUUCAUUACAUGCAGCUAGACGACACGCAGCAAAAUGAUAACUUGAAUUUUUAUCCUGUUAUCUGACUGAAAGAAAUGUAUUUUCCUGCAGCUCUAUUUUUAGUGUUGAGAGGGAAAUAUUAAAAACAAAGAGUAUUCAUUGUCUUGUGUAGUUGACAGAGACUAUGUUAUAUUCACCUAAAUGAGCUCGAGACAGACUGAUUGUUUCACAUAAUAACUGUGAUGUUCAUCAGACGAUGUGCUUGGUUUUAUUUAUUUAAACUCUGUCAUCAGGAAUGAAUGUCUUCAUGCUUGCACUGACUGAGCAACACAACAUGUGAAACUAAAUGUCAAGAGGUCAAUGGGAUAAUUCAAAGGUACAGGAAGUGAAUGUAUUUAAAUACAUCAUGCUCUCUGCCUGACUGUAUUGUAAACUUCUCAGAGUGUUUUGGGCAUGUUCCAGGUGAGCUCGCACCUCAAAGCACCUGAUCAACAUGGAAUCAUUUGUUCUUGUCUCCUGUCUGUGUUUUGCUUCUGGUCAUUGUUACACUUCUGUCAUAAUCAUGAUCAUAGUAACAUUUUGGAGGUUUACAAAAACAAAAUAGAUACAGUUUAAUGCAUUUCAGCGUUACAUUUCAUCAGAUUCCAUUUGAACUUGGACAGAGGGGAAGAGUGUAUUCAUGUCCUCUCUCUCCUCCGUCUCGUGAUGGUUAUGUCAGAUACAGAUGUGUUUGGCUGUCAGUGUCUGUCUGCCUCAUAGAUAGAUUCACUGUCAUGUUACGUCGAACCUGCUCUCAUGUUCUGUUGACAGUUUUCUGUGUUGUAUAUCUGUCACUGUCUUUCUUUUUUUCCCUCUUAAUUAUUUGAACCUGCAGAGCAGAACUAAUUCGUUAAUAAGUUAUUCAAGGAUUUUUAAAUCCACUCACAAAUAUGUUUUCUUAUUGUUCCUUCACUAAGAUGUUUGAGCUUCACUAGAAGGCUGUUUUCAUUCAUUUGCUGAAGGAAGAACCGACUUUUCAUCUUGUGUCCAGUUGUUUAAUAUUUGUAUAUUUGGGAAUAGGAAGAUGUCAUUUUGAGUUUUCAGUCAGUUAAAUUGGACUUUUUAGUUGAAAAACACAAAUUAUUCAAAGCAGAUAUUUUUAUAUCCUGAAUCAUACCUGGAGAUGAUCUUCAAAGUGUGAUUAAAAGCUAAAGUGUCCUGGAACAUGAAAUGUGAAGAUUGUCUGAUAAAUGGCAAAUUUCAAUGAACUUGAAUGUGUCAAAGAAGAACAUUAAUAAAUUUCCUCCUUUGUCUUA